AGGAGCAGACUGGAGCCUCUGGAUCACAGAUCUUUUUCACUUUGGCUCCAGUUACAGAAGAAGAUAGCUGCAGUUGGAGAUGACUGGACUGUCUCUGCAGGACCAGCAACCAUCCGCUUUGGGGACAUUUCUCUGUCCCGAGAGCUUGAGUUACUGGGGAAGUUUGAUCUAAGAGGCACAAAUAUUGAAGAAUUUCUACCUCAGAUAGAAGUUAGGCGCACUCAAAGAGGAUCAGUUGCAGCCUUGUUGGAUAAAAGCCGUAUUAACAACCAAACUCCAGGAUGAAGACUCAUCUCCUCUGCUUGGAGUUACUCCUCCUGGCUGGUCACAUCCUUGUGGCCAGUGGGCAGCUGGAGCCAAAGAAACAAGUGCCACAGGACCCUCUUACUGUUACCCAGAGACUUGGACUCGUAGAAAGAGACGUGCAGGGUCCGAUGAGGCCCAAUAUCACCAUGCCCCGCCGCCGGCUACCUCCCAUGUGCACUGGGCCCACAGAAAUACGAGACACCUUCAAGUACAUCAAUACGGUGGUGUCCUGCCUGGUGUUUGUUGUGGGUAUUAUUGGUAAUUCCACUCUGCUGAGAAUUAUCUAUAAGAAUAGGUGCAUGCGUAACGGGCCGAACAUCCUGAUUGGCAGCCUGGCACUCGGAGACCUGCUGCACAUCAUCAUCGGCAUUCCCAUUAAUGUUUACAAGCUCCUGGCGGAGGACUGGCCUUUUGGGGUGACUCUGUGCAAGCUGGUGCCUUUUGUCCAAAAAGCCUCAGUGGGGAUUACAGUGCUGAGUCUGUGUGCUUUGAGUAUUGACAGGUAUCGUGCCGUGGCCUCGUGGAGCCGUAUCAAAGGAAUCGGAGUUCCAAAGUGGAUGGCUAUUGAGAUAGCGCUCAUCUGGUUAUUAUCCAUCAUCCUGGCUGUGCCAGAGGCAAUAGCCUUCGACAUGAUCACCAUGGACUACAAAGGAGAACACCUGAGAAUCUGUUUGCUGCACCCCAUGCAGAAAUCUGGCUUUAUGAGGUUUUAUAAAUCAGCGAAGGACUGGUGGCUGUUCAGUGUAUAUUUCUGCCUGCCGUUGGCCUGCACUGCUAUUUUCUACACCCUGAUGACCUGUGAGAUGCUCAGGAAGAAGAAUGGUGUCCAGAUCACUCUCAGUGACCACCUCAAACAGCGAAGGGAGGUGGCUAAGACUGUGUUCUGUCUGGUUCUGGUCUUCGCUCUGUGCUGGCUGCCUCUCCACCUCAGCCGUAUCCUGAAGCUCACCAUCUACGAUGAGAAAGAUCCAAAUCGCUGUGAACUGCUCAGUUUCUUUUUGGUGUUGGACUACAUUGGCAUCAACAUGGCAUCUGUCAACUCCUGCAUCAACCCAAUUGCCCUCUACAUGGUCAGCAAGCGCUUCAAGAACUGCUUCAGGUCCUGCCUGUGCUGCUGGUGCCUACCGGCAGAGAUGCUGAUGGAUGAGAAGCAGUUGUGCACGAAGCUGAAAGUCACAGAACGAGCCUCCGACCAAAGCUCCCGUAUGACCAACAAAUCUACUACAGCCUAAACCAGCCAACAACUAAAAACUAGAAUUGAAGUUUGGAUGACUGAAUGAGGAUAAGGGCCCAUCAUGGCCUCAUCGACCUUAAAACUCUGAACACUUUUAUUGACACCAUUAUGAACCACUAUGCACUCUCCCUGUCCAAGAAGAAAUAAGCAUCAACGCACUUAAAAAGCUGUAUUCUUGGAUAGCUGGUUUUAACACCAAAUAUAGAAAAUCAAGCAGAGGCGUGUCAGCAGUGUUAUGUAAAAUUGGUGGGGGUCAAGGGUCGAUUAGCAAAAGGUCAGGCUUGCAGCCUGGAUAGUGAAUGUUACUUUGAAUCUUUCAGUUCUGCAUUUAUCGGACCACAUUUCAGUGUGACGCUGUGUUUAGUGUUGCUACCAUACACUGCAGCUGCUUGGAAGGGUUUAAACAGCAAAUCUAAAGUUCUUAUUUGAGAUUGUUUUAUUUUGUUAUAUAUUUCCUUUAAUAUGUAUGUACUGAGCAUUUUGGCUACUUAAUCACUUAUUACAUUAUAGCCUUUAAAUGCAUUGUCUCUGUGUCAUUUCCCCACUAGUUAUUGAACUACUGAUGUUGUGCAAUUUCAGCCUUGUGACCAUUCAGCUAUUGUAUUAUACUGUUCAAUACUGGGCCUGUUCUUUAUUCGUUUCGUGACUUUAUUUGCUCCACAUUAUCUUAAUAUGACUCCUUACCUUAGCUGGUAUGACAAGAGGUAAGGGUUUCUUUUUGCAAUAAAUAAUAUGACGAAUAUAAAAAAU